AUUUACUUCCGGUAAGACCGAUGAGGAAAUUUCACCUCGUGAGAUACAAAAACAAAAGUUAAGUAUGAAGAUAUGUACUGAUCUUGUCGGCUAGACAGGACAAGAAGAGAAGAUGAAUGCAGAGAGUGGAGGGUCUACCCCUAUGGAUGACGGAGGACACACAAAUGAGUCACUUGUUGACUUACAGGGUCUGGAUUUUGACUUUGUCACAUCAACAGAGAAUGAGAAUAUCUGGUGUGAGCAGUGCAAAGUCCUCAAGCAGGAACUUCAAAAACUGCAGCAAGAACAUUCAUUGAACUACACUACCUUGAAGAAGAAGGUGAUUUCUACUGACUUGUUGAUCAAGAAGUACAAGGCAAAGUGUGAAGAUCAUGACACUCAAAGCAAGACAAUGGAGGAUAUGACAAAGAAGAUGGAACAACUACAGCGGGAGUCCAGCACACUUAAUGUACAGUUGAGCAGUUCAUUACAGCAAAUUGAACCACUGAAAAAGGCCAAACAUGCUCUUGAAACUGAGGUGAAACAAAAAGUGAAGGAAAUUCAAACCCUACAGGACAAGCUUACAGCAUCCUUGGCUGUCAGGAAACAGUAUGAGUCACUGGCCAAAUCAACGACCAGUGAGAAAGAGAAAACCGAAGAGGAGAGGAAGACCAACUCUAAACGACUGAAGGACCUCCAGGCCAGUUUUAACAAACAAGAACAGCUGGUAUCUAAACUCAAAGAUGAGAACAAAGCCCUUAAAGCAGAGCAUGCAGAUGCGAUGAAAAAACAGAAGAAACUACAACAACGACUGAAAGUCUCAUUGGAGAGGUUUGACAAGUACUGGGCAAUACUUAAGGAACAUGACUUGAUACCCAAGGGAGAGAAGCGACUUAGAACUUCCACACACCUGGACACUGAUGAAUCGGACCUUGAAGAGUUAGAAGAAGUAGAUGAUGUAUCGCCUCCAUUUGUCAGCUGUCAUGUCAUGCCGGAGAAUACUGGGCCUGGCGAGAAUGACAAGGACAGUGACGAGGAAUCCCUGCUGUGGACUUUUAGUCCCAUUGUCCAUGUCUUGUCUCCCCUUCCCCCAUCACCAGCCCCACCCAGACAGUGUGACUCACCUGUUGAUGGGUUGUCCCAGAGUGAUGAAGACAGUCGAGCUCUGGAGUCCAAACUCCAACAGAACCAUAGGAAAAAAUUAAAAAAACAGAAAAAUCAAGUCAAAGGCAAGAAAGAUAUUUCAGUUAUGAAAUCUGUGGAAGGGAGGCUACUGCGUCGACAAUCUGCCACAGUUAUUGACAAUGAGCUACAUUUAUCUGAGGAGGAAAAGUUGGACGAGACUCUUGUUCCAGAGUCUAAAAAGCUUCAAGGUCUCAAAGACAAUUCCAACUGUAAUCUCAGAAAGGACGAUGAUUUAGUCCGCACAUCCGACACUGCAAUUCAUACCACACCAGAAGAAGAGGAGAGUGUGGAAAUCAUUAGUCCUCGUAGACGGAGAAAUUCUAGUCGCAUUGUAUCAGAUAGUGAUAGUGACACCGGUGGAAAUUUUACAAAUUCUAGUCAGAAAAGGUCACAAGAUCUGGAGCAGUCAGGAGUAUCAACAAAUAAAAAACAGGCAGAGGGGCAGAACCAAGGCAAAUCAUGUACAAAAAGUGGGAUUAGAUAUUCCCUACGGCGGUCACCUCGGUGUGACGACAUGGUGCCCCUGGGAAAGAGACUAACUAGGUCAAUGAGCUCACCUAUUAAGGUCAGCCCAAAGGGAGGUAACUCAGACAGAAGACAUAGUCCAAGGUUGUCAUUAAGUAGUGAAAUGGAGUUUUCAAAAAAUGAGGACUCGUCAAAAAUGCCAAAUACUCAUAAAGGAAGUAGUAAAACUAAAUUAGAUUUAGAAAAGUUAAAGAGAGAUUAUAAAGCGAUGCAAUCUUCUCAUAGAAUUCAAAAUAGUGUUGAAGAUGACGCAAACUCACAUUUAUUUACACGCUCAAAGUCAAAAACUAUUCUGCCUACAUCAGGUGCCAAAGGAAGAAAAAAUGUGGUAACUGCUAAUACAACUGAUAUCUUGGUAGAUACAAAGGCAAAUCCCAGUGCAUCUGUGAUUAGGAGUUUUAAACAAAAGGAAAAUAGUGAAGAAAGUGUCUCAAAUAUUGGAGUGGACAAAAACAGAAAUGGAGAUACAGAGAGGACUGACAAUCACAGUGAUAGAAUGAAAGGUAGAGUGAUGCAAGAGGAGGAUAAACAAGGAACACAAAAUAGUGAGGAAAAAGUAACGGAAAGACAAAAUGCUGACAAAACAGAAACAGAAAGACAGAGUGGUGACAAAAUAGAAACAAGAAGACAAUCUGGUGACAAAAUAGAAACCGGAAGACAAAAUGGUGACAAAAUAGAAACAGAAAGACAAAAUGGUGACAAAAUAGAAACAGAAAGACAAAAUUGUGAUACAGAAAACACAGGACAGAAUAGUGAAACAGAAGGAACAGAAAAAAUAAGUAGUAAACUCCAAGAUGGUCAUCUUGAACAAGUUAGUGACAACUUAAAGUGUGAUAAAAAAGAUGCAACAGAACAGGAAAACAAUCAAACAGAAGUAGCUGCUAGUGAUAAAAUGACAAAUGGUGAAACUGAAACUUGUCAGGAUAAAACACUGGAUAAUUGUGCUGUACAUAAUUCUGACCUGUUUUCUGUACCUAGUUUUAAUGGUGAGGAGGGUGAGAGUGAAGCCCGUGAAUCGUGUAGGAGUGUUGUAUCUCGCCAAUCCAGCACAGGAUUCAUCCUCAAACCCUCAGCCUCAAUUGACAGUGUGACAGAUCAGACUUUUACUCCUCCACAGUCUCCAAGUCCCAAGUCUAAGUCAUCUGAAAGCUUACAACUUGGACAGACUGUAAACAAACAUUCAUCUGAAUCGGCUUGCUUUUCUAUUUCUAAACAUUCGGAAGGUGCUGCGAAUAAUGGAUCACGAUGCCAUAAUGAAGUUUUUGAGAAAGACCACAAUUCCAAAGUGGAUAUUAUAGAUCAAACAAAGCCAGUUGAUAGAACAUCAACAUUAAAAACUAGGGUAGAAAACGGUGAAAACAUGGCAGAAAGUGUUUCCUUAGUUAAAGACAGUUUUCUCUGUAAGGAGGACAGUGUAGAAUCAUGUGAUAACUUGGGUGCUGACAAUUAUCUCAACAGGCCAUCUGCCUCUACAGACACUGAACUGUCAUUACCAGUAUACAUUCCAUUCUCAUCACAUUCUAGUCAGAACAUACAUUCUAAUGUUACAUCUAGUACAGUUAUCUCCCCUGAGACGUCACAAGAUGGCAGCACCAUCUCAGGAUCUGUUCGUGUUGGUCAUAGUUCCUCAUCCUCACUACAGACAGCUUCUCCUGUCUCCCCACUACCUCCUUCACCUAUAGAUUUUAUUAUUCCCUUUGCCCUUUCUCCACUUCCUCCUUCUCCCAUUCAUGAACAAGAUCCACUCUCCCCACUACCAGGAUCACCCUGGGAUGAGGAUUCAGCUCCAACUGCCAAUAUUGGAUUAUCUAGACUUGCAAACUUGCCUUCUUCUGACAAUAGUAGUGAGAAUACUCCAGUGGUCACACCUGUGCCAAGCUUUCUUGCUGCCAAGUCAGAAUCGCCAAUUCCCAUUACAUGUGGUCCUGCUGGGGAGAAGGCUGGUCAUUCUUUGUGUAGCUUUCAUGCUGAGGCUCCCUCUGGUGCUAUAUAUGUGAAGCCAAAAGCUGUUCCAAACAAACGUAGUGCUGACCUGAACAUAACACAACAUUCCAAACCCAAAAUUUGCCGGGCUGAAGUGAACCAGCCAACAGCUAAACACAGAGUUGAAAAGACGUUAGCAGCAAAGAGAAAAAGUACAGACAAGUUACCAAGUCUUGUUUCCCCGGAAAAAAAACUGUGCCUGGUCAAGAGCACCAGUGGUUCACAAUCAGCCACUCGGAUAUCACCAGGGUCAAAGAGGUCACAGGAGUCACCGAAGAUCAGUGCUUUGGUGUUGAAUGUGAUACAGAUGCUGAUGGAACAGUACAUGGACUCCACGGAAAUGUCGACAUCUAAGGCAGCAGAAUCUCUACUGGCCGCAGACAAGGACGUGGUGGUCGUUCUGUCGACUUGGAUCCACUGGCUUGUACAGCAUCUCCUUUGCUCAACUGUAGAGAGCUUGGCUCUCCUCAAGCCAGUCUAUGAUGGUGGACAGGAUGCCAGCUCUGACCAGUGUCCAUUUCUAGCUGACCAGGAAGUCAAAAUGCUGCAGUUAUACUCAGAACUACAACAGAGGAAAUUGUUGGAUAACUUGAAGCAGAAAGUUUUGGAUUCUAUAUGGUCUUCGUUGAGUCUGUCUAACCUGUUGCCAGUUAUGGGAGCUUCAGCUCUGAGUCGGAUGUACACAGGCAUUUGUAGACUUAAUGGUGAUGUGGAGAGUGUGCGAGUGAUGGUACAUCAGCUGUUGGUGACCACUAGUCUCCCAUUCCACAGUCUGGGUGUCGCCAUCGCUGGGGUGUGGCCUCUAGUCUUAUACAAGGCAAAAAAAGAUGAACACUCAAUGGUGACAGUUGUGGAACAAAGUGUCACUCGAACACUCACAACAGGCAAACAGGACGAUGAAAAGCUGUUGGAGUGUUACUACCGACUGUGUAACUGGUGUCGUGUUACCUCUGACAGUCACAUACUGUCCAAACAGCUCCUGUCAGCAAUGGGCAGGGAAACCAGGGCCACCAAACCUUGUCAAGGCAAGAUAUACUCACUGAUGCGAAGUCUAGAACUCCUGUUUGUGAAGGAACCUGUCGAGUUUUACUUGAUGCAUGGUGGUUUGAACUCUGUCUGCCAGAAAUGUACAAAGCCAAGAAAAGUUAGAACUGGAGAUACCAAUGACCAGGCAUUUGAUCCUGAAUACACCAAGUGUGUUUUCAAAUUGCUUGGUUGUGUACUACCUAAGAAGCGUGAUGCCAGGAUAAAAAAUAUCAACCAAUCCGUGAAGAAUUUACAGAAGGUUUUGAAAUCAAAUGUUUGUGUCGACGUACAGAUUUGUGUGGUGGAAACAUUGCUGGAACUCUGUGUCCUUACCCCAAGUCUCAUCCUGAACAUCCUCCAUGACUGGUACAACACACACAGAUCACAAGUACCUCACUCUCUUCUACAGAAGAUCUCCUGGACAAGGGAGACAAUGCUGAAGAAAUACCCAGUUCUCAAGUGCCAACCUUUCAUUUGAUGGAGAUCAUUAAUCUGGGUCAAAAUCCUUUGAAUCUAGUUGAUAGCAUUCCUAAUUCAUGGAGUCCACCAUUCAUUUCAUGUGAUUCACUACACCAUGAUAAGAGCUGUAUAAAAAAAAUAUGAAUGAAAUUUACAGCACAGAGACUGCAGCAGGACUGUAGAGAAGUCAUUCCUUCUAUUGACAGAUCAAAGAUAUUUUAAUACAUAGUACAUCAUUAUGUAACAUCUGUCAUUUGGUGAAGAUUUGUGUGUUCUGACUCUUAUGAAGAUUCUAAUUGGGAGUUUUUCAUGUAUGUAUGACUGACAUAUUUGAAAGUUUGAAUGUCUUCUGAAGUACGCAAUUGUAACAACAUGCAGCAGUAGCUCUAUAAAUACUUGUUGUAUAAAAGGCUAAAGUAAAGUUUCAUCAGCCCAAAUUUUGUUACAUUUCUUGUCUUAGCUAGAGAAAUUUUUAGAUAUUUUCAUGAAAAAUUUGCUUCCCUGGUAACAUUUUUUGAAAUACCUGCCCACAGACUAAAGCUUACAAGUGAAAUAGUCUCAGAACAUCCCUGUGAAGGCAGUAGGUGUCCUUGAAUUAAAUUAAGAUUAUGUUUCUGUGCAGAAUUUAAAAUUUGAAUUGAAAGAGAGUAGUAAUUAUUAUAUACUUAUUGUUAGAAAAUAAUUUUGUCGAUACUAAUAAAGUUAAGCUUAGGUAAUUCACACGUGUGUUCGUUGUGACAAUACCUUUCAAUUGGUAGACAUUUGCGGACUUACUGACCUUGAAACCUUCACCACAGUAUUAAUUAACCAUACAAGAUGUGGCUUUCAUGCAAUGUACAUUGUAUUUGACAUUUGUUUUCCUUGUCACAAGAUCUUUCUAUUGGUAGUGCAUUUGUGCACUUGCUGACCUUGAUCCCAGUAAAACAUUAUAAUUAUAUUGUGCUCAAUUGGUAUUGUAACAAAAGGACCUUGUUAAAAUAUACUAUGCUACUAUGUGCUUCUGCUGAAUAUGAUAGUGCUUGAAUGUGAUAUUGCAUUAUAAUGUGAUUCUGUUGAAUGUUCUAAAAUUAUCAUAUACAAAUGUAGUAAUAUAUUGUAUUAACAAAGUACUGCUUAAAAACAAUAUCCUGCUCAGAUGUCACGAUGCUAAGAUGCUGAAAUGAUUGAGAUAUUAUGAUGACAUAAACUUGGAUUAAAAGAAAUUAGAACUGCACAAUGGAUACAAGAUACAUGUAUGCUGGGGGCUAUUUCAGUUAAAGUUUCAUUAUUCCCAAGGACCACAAUGCUUCGUAUUAAGCCCACCCAUGUCUAUUCCAGCUCAUUAAUACUGUAUUCUUGUCCUACAUUAAGCUGUACCCCUACAUUAAAUUAACGUGGCCGAGUGGUUAAGGUGUCCCGACACUAUAUCACUAGCCCUCCACCUCUGGGUUGCGAGGUCGAAACCUAUGUGGGGCAGUUGCCAGGUACUGACCGUAGGCCGGUGGUUUCUCCCCGGGUACUGUGGCUUUCCUCCACCUCCAAAAUCAGGCACGUCCGUAAAUGACCCAGGCUGUUAAGAGGACAUUAGACAAAAUCAACUAAACCAAAUCAACGUUCAUGUGGUGGCCUCCUGGGUGUAUUACAGGGAUAAUACAAUAUACAUGUAUGGUAGUGGUGUACUGUAUGUACAGGAGGUGGGGACGCAGUGGCCGAGUGGUUAAGGUGUCCUGACACUUUAACACUAGACCU